CGAGCUUCUAUGAUCCUUGCUUGCCACUUCUUCAACUUGCAGUAGUCAUGACAAAAUACAUCGUUAUCUCCGGUGGCGUCGUCAGCGGUAUCGGAAAGGGCAUUAUUGCCUCUUCCACCGGUCUGCUGUUGAAGACGACUGGCCUUAAGGUUACCGCUAUCAAGAUCGAUCCUUAUAUGAACAUAGAUGCUGGAACCAUGCGACCGACGGAGCACGGUGAGGUCUUUGUCCUGAACGAUGGAGGUGAAGUGGAUUUGGAUCUGGGAAACUACGAGCGCUAUCUAGAUGUUACUUUAUCGAGGGAUAACAAUAUCACGACGGGUAAGAUCUAUCGCGAGGUCAUCGAGAGGGAGAGAAGGGGAGAGUAUCUUGGAAAGACCGUACAGAUUGUGCCACACAUCACCUCCGCCAUCCAGGAUUGGAUUGAGCGUGUAUCCAAAAUUCCCGUCGAUAACUCGGGUGAGGAACCAGACAUUUGUAUCAUAGAGCUUGGCGGCACAGUGGGCGACAUAGAGUCUGCUCCCUUUGUCGAAGCUAUGCGCCAGUUCCAGUUCCGUGUCGGAUAUGAUAAUUUCGCUUUGAUUCACGUGUCGCUCGUGCCAGACAUGCACGGCGAACAGAAGACAAAACCUACGCAAACGACAGUACAUGCUUUGCGUGGACUCGGGUUGCUCCCGGAUCUAAUUGCUUGUCGGUUGCUGGCACCACGCCCUCUCGAGAACUCUACGAAGGAGAAAAUAUCUAUGUUUUGCCACGUAUCCUCUACCCAGGUGUUAGGUGUUCAUGACGUGUCAUCGGUGUACCAUGUUCCCCUUUUGCUGCAGUCUCAAGGAAUUAUCGACUACCUACGCAAAAGGCUUAAUCUUUCAGCACUAAAUAUCCCUGAAGAAAUGAUCCAAAAGGGUUUGUCCAUCGAAGCCAGAUGGAAAGCCAUGACGAGGGCCCAAGAACGUUGUUUUGAUGAGGUCAAAAUCGUAUUGGUUGGGAAGUAUACCGAUUUCAAAGAUUCUUACAUGUCUGUAAUCAAAGCGUUGGAGCACUCGGCAUUCCGAGUCCAACACAAACUUGUAAUCCAGUGGGUGGAGUCUUCUAACUUGGAACCACCUGCACAAGGGUCAGAUCCUGCUAAAUAUCACGAUACUUGGCGUGCGUUAGUCGGUGCAAGCGGCAUUCUCGUUCCUGGGGGUUUCGGCCAGCGCGGGACCGAGGGCAUGAUACUCGCCAUUAAGUGGGCGAGAGAGCAGAAAGUCCCGUUCCUAGGCAUCUGUCUUGGAUUCCAGAUGGCGGUGUUAGAAUGGGCCAGAAGUGUUCUUGGUGUACAAGACGCCCAGUCUACUGAGUUCGUUCCAGACACGCCUAGUCCAUUUAUCGUUUUCAUGCCUGAGGUCUCCCGUACCCAUAUGGGCGGUACCAUGCGUCUGGGUCUCCGCCCCACUGUUUUCCAGGGAACAGCGCAGGCUCGUCUUCCUUCGGCCCUUGCCAAUGGCUCCGCCACCCCUCCCACAGCUGCAGAAGGUACAGCCGAUACGGCCGAUACGUCGAGUAGCUCCAAGUUUGUUCUCCAGAGCCCCGCCACGUGGUCCAAAGCGCGUCAACUCUAUGGAAAUGUCGACAGGAUGUGGGAGCGACACCGCCACCGCUACGAGGUGAAUCCCGAGCAGGUCCCGCGCCUCGAGGCUAGCGGGCUCACUUUCGUGGGUAAGGACGAAAGGGGUGAACGUAUGCAAAUUGUCGAGCUCAAAGAUCACCCCUUCUUCCUCGGUUUGCAGCCGCACCCCGAACUCUGCUCCCGGCCUCUGAACCCCUCCCCACCAUUCCUCGGGUUUAUCGCUGCUGCCUGUGGAUCUAGCGUACUUGCUGAGCAGCUGGAAGAGCAAGCCCGGAACUAUCGCCCGCCUCACCCGGAGGGGUCUAUGGAUAGCGAGGAGACGCUACGUGAACGCACGAUGGAACAUCCCGUUCGUGGUGGCAGAAUGUCGGGAUGGGGCACUCCUGUUGCGGAUUGAUCUAUAUGCCUUGUGCAAUAUGACGUGCAAAAAAUUGGGGGCCGCAUAUGUCUGCAGGGUUUGGGCACUAGACCCCGUACAGCAGUCUUAAAGCUUUUCAUAUGAGUUAUUACUUACCACUGUCAUGUACCGUAAGCUAAUAGUUUGUCCUGCCCUGCUUGAACGGCGAUUUGAUUAUCUUGUAAUGACGAGCACACAUCCAUUCUUGUACCCAUUGUUAGGUUUGCUUAAAUGAAUACAUUCUAA